CUCUUUCCUUUCUGCAGUACCGGUCUCCUAGCCGUAAUGGGCAUUGACGGAGUUGAUGGGCGUAAUACAAAGAGUAAUCAUAUAAUGGAGGUGCAACAAAGACUAGGCAUUGAAGCAGCAAGGAUCUCUAUAAUUGAUGAGAUUAACUAUACCAUGUCAAGUCAUGGAAUGACAAUAGACUUGCGGCACAUGAUGCUUCUAGCAGAUCUGAUGACAUAUAAGGGUGAAGUUCUGGGAAUAACCAGACAUGGCGUUCAGAAAAUGAAAGAUAGCGUACUGAUGUUAGCCUCAUUUGAGAAGACAACCGACCACCUGUUUAAUGCAUCUGUAAAUGGAAGGGAUGAUAAGAUAGAAGGAGUUAGCGAAUGCAUCAUCAUGGGCAUACCAAUGCAGAUAGGCACUGGGAUGUUUAAACUUCGGCAAUGUGUUCAGCAGGUUGAGCUGAAUUAUCAAUCAGAACCUAUGUUAUCCUAGGACUUCUAAAUGAAUUUGUCUGGUUCUGCAAAGUUAAUAUUUUGUCAAUGCCUCAAUGGCAUUUGGGAGGCGCUGCUGAAUUCUCUUCGAAGGAUAAUGGCAGAGGAAUUGGAAAAGCUGGAGCAUUGUCAGAUGUUAUUGGAUAUUAAUUUGGUGCUUCUUUUCUUGAUUUAACCAUCUUACCUUUUAUCUUCUUUGGCACUGAUUGUACAGGUAGACGACUUACAAUAUUUUCUUCGUGUGGCGUGAUAUGCAGAUUCUAGCAUUGACCAUGCAACAUCAGGUGAAUUUUAAAAGAAAUCGUCGAAGGAGGCAGUCUUGCCAACACCUGGAAGAUUGGUUUCACCAACCUUAUAACGUAGAAAGUUACUUUGGCCCCUGUUGGUAAUCAUGUUUACGGGUGACAUUGUUUUCAUCUUUAUUUAAGGCAAAACGUAAUUUCGGGAGUCCCUCCUCCAGCCUAUGGUAACACAUCCUUAUGUUACUCCAUGGUUGCUGAUGCAGAUUUUGUUAGUAUUUUUUAUGAUGCAUUUGCAAAAAGUCUUGGCAUAUUGGUAACUCAUAUUGGGAAUCUUCCCUCAAGGAGUUGCAGAAUGUCUAGCUAUCCAACCAUUUGUUAGAGGAAUAGGAGUAGUGUACAGUCUGUGAAGCAAUAGAAGCAAAUUAGGAAAUUUGAAUUAUAAUUUUCGGAAGUGGAAUUUAUGCUUUUGGCAUAAAUUUCCUAGUUUACGUUUAUUUAGAGUCAAGAUAGAAAAGUAACUUGUGAGAAAGGGAAUUGCACUUUUUGUUUCUGGAGUUCACCAUUUCUGGACUUUAAAUCUGGGGCAAGACUUUUCACAUGUUUGAAGAGGUCAAUGAUGUACCUGUCACUUUAAUAGAUGUGUUCUGGUCCGCAAAAGGUUCCUUCUUUUUACAAUGUCAAGGUAAUGUAAAUUGAUUCUUUUGGCGUUCCAUAACAUUAUAUUUUUUUCUACAACAUUGCUAUUA